AUUUUGCCCGAAUACCCGCUGCUCUCUCUCUCCGCGUCUUCUUCUUCUCUCUCUCUCUAGAUUUUGCUAGCUACUCCCUCCAAUCGAAUUAUUCAUACAUAAACACAAAAAAACAAAAAGAAAAAGAAAAUCUCCGUGCUUUCUCUCUCUAGGGUUUCUAGCUCUGAUUUCCGUCGAUCUACUUCAAUUUACCCCCUUCAAUGUCUUCGCUGGUUUGGAGAUGACGACGAUUGGAGAUAUGCUGGAACAGCAGAGAGUGCUAAAAUGAGCCAGACGACAGAUGUAUACAAGAUGAAGCAGAAACAACAACAGCCCAUUCCGCUUGGGACUUUGAUCGGUCGCGAAUUAAGAAAUGAGAAGGUGGAGAAACCCACUGUGAAAUAUGGGCAAGCUGCUCUCGCUAAGAAAGGAGAGGACUAUUUUCUUGUGAAGCUCGACUGCCAAAGGGUUCUGGCCGAUCCAUCAACAUCUUUUUCUGUUUUUGCCAUAUUUGAUGGGCACAAUGGUAUAUCAGCUGCUAUAUUUACCAAAGAGAAUUUACUGAACAACGUAUUAAGUGCUAUUCCGCAACAACUUGGUAGGGAAGAGUGGCUUCAAGCCCUUCCUAGGGCAUUAGUAGCUGGGUUUGUCAAAACUGACAUAGAAUUUCAGCAGAGAGGUGAGACAUCUGGAACGACAGUUACUUUUGUAGUGAUUGAUGGUUGGACGGUGACCGUUGCAUCUGUUGGAGAUUCUCGGUGCAUAUUGGACACACAAGGAGGUGUUGUUUCUCUUUUGACAGUUGACCAUCGGCUUGAAGAAAAUGUUGAGGAACGCGAGCGUGUAACUGCUAGCGGUGGUGAAGUAGGAAGACUAAAUGUGUACGGGGGCACUGGGGUUGGUCCAUUACGAUGCUGGCCAGGUGGAUUGUGUCUUUCAAGGUCAAUUGGUGAUACAGACGUGGGCGAGUUCAUUGUCCCGAUUCCUCAUGUUAAGCAAGUCAAGCUUUCAAAUGCUGGGGGAAGACUUAUAAUUGCGUCAGACGGUAUAUGGGAUGCCUUGACUUCUGAUAUUGCUGCUCAGUCUUGCCGAGGUUUACCUGCGGAACUUGCCGCAAAAUUGGUCGUUAAGGAGGCUCUGAGGUCACGAGGUUUGAAGGAUGAUACAACCUGCUUGGUUGUUGAUAUUAUUCCUUAUGACCAUCCUGUUUUGCCGCCACCGAUGCCUAAAAAGAAGCAAAACUUGCUUACUUCACUUUUAUUUGGGAAAAAAUUCCACAACUCUAGCAAAGGAACUAAUAAGCUAUCAACUGUUGGAGUUGUGGAGGAAUUGUUUGAGGAGGGUUCCGCUAUGCUUGCUGACAGGCUGGGUAAGGAUUUUCCUCUGGAUUCAAACUCUGGGCUGUUUAGAUGUGCAAUAUGCCAGGUGGAUCAGCCAGCUAGUGAGGGUUUAUCUGUAAACUCAGGCCCGUUUUUCUCGCCUUCAUCAAAGCCAUGGGAAGGUCCUUUCCUCUGUGCUAGUUGUCGUAGGAAGAAAGACGCUAUGGAAGGGAAAAAGCCUUUUGCAGUCACUGCAUAAAUUUCGUAACCUAUAAAACAUAUAUAUAUAUAUAAAUAUUGAUACAUAUUUUUGUGCUUGUGUGAGUGAAUGAGCUUGCUUUUCCAUCUGCGGUGAUCGAUCCUUAUAUCAAUCAAUGUGUUGUGUGUGUGUAACAAGUGAUUUAGUAGAAGAGAUAUUUUAUUUAGGGAGCACUCCUUUUUUUGUUGUUGUGGUUCCUCAAUGUGUGUUGGCUCGUUUUCCGACUGAUGCUUUGACCCGAACAGACAUGUGAUUGUGAUAAUCUGACUACUAACAGCUUAAGAGUAUGUAAUUAAGGAAAUGAUGUUUGCAAAUCAAGUGUUCUUCAUUCAAUUACUAUUCAAUCUGUCAGUCUAUCUUCUUAACUUAUUAAUACAUAUGUUUUUUUUGU